AUUGUCUAUGCAGAGCGGCCUCUGACUGACAACAACAGGUCCUUGGCUUCCUAUGGCCUGAAGGACGGGGAUGUGGUGAUCCUGCGUCAGAAGGAGACGGUGGAGCCGCGGCCUUCUAUCCGCUUUCCAGGUCUGCCAAGGAUAGACUUCAGCAGCAUUGCUGUUCCUGGGACGUCCACGCAGCAGCACCGGCCCCCGGCGCAGCGUCCACGCCCGUCGCCUCUGGAUGCCCCGUCGUUCCCUCAGGGUCUGGACAACCCGGCGCUGCUGCGGGAGAUGCUGCUGGCCAACCCCCACGAGCUGUCCCUGCUGAAGGAGCGCAACCCGCCCUUGGCGGAGGCCUUGCUGAGUGGGGACCUGGAGAAAUUCACCAGGGUGUUGCUGGAGCAACAGCAGGAUCGAGCCCGACGGGAGCAGGAGAGGAUCCGACUCUAUUCCGCUGACCCCUUUGAUCUUGAGGCACAGGCCAAGAUAGAAGAAGACAUAAGGCAACAAAACAUCGAAGAGAACAUGACGAUAGCAAUGGAAGAGGCUCCUGAGAGCUUUGGGCAGGUGGUGAUGCUGUAUAUCAACUGCAAAGUCAACGGACACCCAGUGAAAGCCUUCGUGGACUCAGGUGCCCAGAUGACCAUCAUGAGCCAAGCCUGUGCUGAAAGGUGCAACAUCAUGAGACUGGUAGAUCGGCGGUGGGCUGGAAUCGCUAAAGGUGUAGGGACACAGAAAAUAAUUGGCAGAGUGCACUUAGCUCAGGUGCAGAUUGAAGGGGAUUUCCUGGCAUGCUCCUUCUCAAUCCUUGAAGAGCAGCCCAUGGACAUGCUCCUAGGACUGGAUAUGCUUAAGAGGCAUCAGUGUUCAAUUGAUCUCAAGAAGAAUGUCCUAGUGAUCGGCACGACGGGCUCACAGACCUCGUUCCUGCCGGAGGGAGAGCUCCCGGAGUGUGCCCGGCUGGCCUACGGCGCUGGGCGGGAAGACAUGCGGCCGGAGGAGAUCGCAGACCAGGAACUAGCAGAAGCAAUACAGAAGUCCGUAGAGGAAGCAGUUGCUGAUAGGUGGUACCAGGAAAACCAAGAAAUGAAAGAACAGGAGACUGAAGAAGGGGAGAGAGAGAAUGUGAUGCAGCACCAAGGAAGCUCAGCUCCUCACAAGAAGUGUGUUCUUUCAUAG